AUGGGGAGUCGCCGGGGCCUAGGCCAGCCGCGGGCCGGCCUCUGCCUGCUCCUGGCCUCGCUGCAGCUUCUGCCCCGGACACAGGCCGACCCCGUGGACGUGCUGAAGGUGCUAGGUGUCCGGGGGGGCCAGGCUGGGGUCCCAGAGGGGCCUGGCCUCUGCCCCCAGAGGGCCCCAAAGGGCGACCAGGCAUUCAGGGUGGGCAAGGCCAGCAUCCUAGGCAUCCCCACCUGGGAACUCUUUCCAGAUGGACACUUUCCUGAAAACUUCUCUGUGCUGAUCACUUUUCGGGGCCAGCCAGCCAACCAGUCUGUCCUUCUAUCCUUUUAUGAUGAGAGUGGUGCCCGGCAGCUGGGCCUGGCCCUGGGGCCGGCUCUGGGCCUCCUCGGUGGCCCCUUUAGACCCCUCCCUCAGCAGCUCAACCUCAUGGAUGGCAGGUGGCACCGGGUAGCAGUCAGCGUGGACGGUGACAUGGUGACCCUGGUGGCGGACUGUGAACCUCAGCCCCCUGUGUUAGGCCAAGGACCUCGAUUCAUCAGCACAGCUGGAGUCACUGUGCUGGGGACCCAGGACCUCAGAGAGGAGACUUUCGAGGGAGAUAUUCAGGAGCUGCUGAUAAGCCCGGAUCCUCAGGCUGCCUUCCAGGCCUGUGAGCAGUACCUUCCUGGCUGUGACCACCUGGACCCUGCAGCCACAGGGGUCCCCCAGGGUGAGCCAGAAACGCCUCCCCCUCAGCGGAAGAGGAAGGGGAAGGGGAAGGGGAAGAAAAAAGGGCGCGGUCGUAAGGGGAAGGGCAGGAAGAAGAACAAGGAGACCUUGACCCCAGCUCCUACUCUUGGCUCCCUGGAGAACCAGACCUCCCCUGACAUCCCCAAGACAGAGACAACAGCUCCAACUCUGCCUCCGACUCCCAUGCCCUUGGCCAUCACCACCACUGUGACUAUUGGCAGCAAUGUCACCAUCCUCGAGGGGGGGCUGGACCCUGACGGUGGAACUGAACUGGGGACCCUGGAGACUGAGUUAUCCAGAGAGGAUGAGGAAGGUGGCCCCACCAUGGGCCCUGACUUCCGGGCAGCAGAACAGCCAUCGAGGGCUCAGUUCCAGAUCUUUCCCGGCGCUGGAGAGAAGGGAGCAAAAGGAGAGCCUGCGGUGAUUGAACAGGGACAGAGGUUUGAGGGACCUCCAGGAGCCGCAGGACCUCGCGGCCCUGCUGGCCUCCCAGGAAUCCCCGGCUCUGACGGAAUCCGGGGUCUACCGGGAACUGUGAUCAUGAUGCCGGGCGCUGGAGAGAAGGGAGCAAAAGGAGAGCCUGCGGUGAUUGAACAGGGGGUGGUUGGCCCCUCAGGCCCUCCUGGACCCCCAGGAUUCCCUGGGGACCCCGGCCUCCCGCUCUCCAUGAAAGGUCCCCCUGGCCCAGUAGGGCUCACUGGACGCAGAGGCCCCGUGGGUCUCCCUGGGUAUCCAGGCCAGAAAGGAGAGAUGGGAGAAACGGGGCCACAGGGCCCCCGAGGCCUUCAGGGACCUGUUGGGCCCCGUGGCCGACAGGGCAAGAUGGGCCGCUCUGGAGCAGAUGGGGCUCGGGGCGUCCCAGGGGACACGGGACCUAAGGGCGAUAGGGGCUUUGAUGGCCUUCCAGGGCUGCCUGGUGAGCAGGGCCAAAGGGGUGACUUUGGCCCUAUGGGGCAACCUGGUCCCCCAGGAGAAGAUGGUAAGAAGGGAGCAGAGGGACCUCUGGGGCCCACUGGCCAGGCUGGAGAGCCGGGCCCCCGAGGACUGAUUGGCCCCCGAGGCUCCCCUGGCCCCCUGGGCAGCCCGGGCGCAGUUGGAAUUGAUGGUGCUCCGGGUGCCAAAGGAAAUGUGGGUCCUCCAGGAGAACCAGGCCCUCCAGGACAACAGGGGAAUCCUGGGUCCCAGGGACUUCCCGGCCCCCAGGGACCUAUUGGCACUCCUGGGGAGAAGGGUCCCCCUGGACACCCAGGAAUUCCAGGCCUCACAGGAUCUGAUGGCCCUCCGGGUCACCCAGGCCAUGAGGGCCCCACAGGAGAGAAAGGGACCCAGGGCCCACCAGGGUCAGCAGGCCCUCGGGGAUAUCCUGGACCUCGGGGCGUGAAGGGUACCUCUGGCAACCGGGGCAUCCAAGGGGAGAAAGGCGAGAUGGGAGAGGAUGGCUUCCCAGGCUUCAAGGGUGAUGGGGGGCUUAAAGGCGAUCGGGGGCACCCGGGACCCCCAGGUCCCCGGGGAGAGGAUGGUCCUGAAGGGCUGAAAGGGCAGGAGGGGCUGCCUGGUGAGGAAGGGCCCCCAGGCUCAGCUGGGGAGAAGGGCAAACUUGGAGUGCCAGGUCUCCCAGGUUACCCAGGACGCCCGGGCCCUAAGGGAUCUACAGGCCUUCCUGGUCCCCUGGGACCCUUAGGAGAGAAAGGGAAGCGGGGGAAGGCAGGGCAGCCGGGCCUGGAAGGAGAGCGGGGCCUGCCCGGUUCCCGUGGAGAGAGGGGGCAGCAGGGUGCCACAGGGCAGCCGGGCCCCAAGGGCAACGUGGGCCAGGACGGGGCCCCUGGGGUCCCUGGAGAAAAGGGCCUCCCAGGCCUACAGGGGCCCCCUGGAUUUUCUGGGCCAAAGGGUCCCCCUGGCCCCCAGGGGAAAGAAGGACGAACUGGGCACCCUGGACAGAGAGGAGAAUUGGGCUUUCAAGGUCAAACAGGCCCACCUGGUCCAGCUGGCGUUGUGGGACCUCAGGGAAAGACAGGAGAAGCAGGACCUCUAGGCGAGAGGGGGCCGCCAGGUCCUCCAGGACCCCCUGGUGAACAAGGCCUCCCAGGACCGGAAGGCAGAGAGGGGGCCAAGGGGGAGCUGGGGCCACUGGGGCCCCUUGGGAAGGAAGGACCACCUGGACCUAGGGGCUUCCCUGGCCCCCAAGGAGCCCUAGGGGACCCUGGACCUACUGGGUUGAAGGGUGACAAGGGCCCCCCAGGCCCCAUUGGUGCCAAUGGCUCCCCUGGGGAGCGUGGGCCUGUGGGCCCAGCAGGAGGCAUUGGGCUUCCUGGCCAAAGUGGAGGCCAAGGCCCUGUUGGCCCUGCAGGAGAGAAGGGGUCCCCGGGCGAACGUGGGCCCCCUGGACCCACUGGCCAAGACGGCAUCCCAGGGCCCCUGGGGCUCCCCGGGCCCCCUGGAACUGUCGGGCCUUCUGGAGAGGAGGGGGACAAGGGGGACAUGGGCACCCCUGGUCACAAGGGGAGCAAAGGUGAUAAGGGGGACGCGGGCCCACCUGGACCAACAGGGAUACAGGGUCCUGUGGGACACCCAGGUUCCCCGGGAGCAGACGGGGCUCAGGGACGCAGGGGACCCCCGGGCCUCUUUGGGCAGAAAGGAGAUGAUGGAGUGAGAGGCUUCGUGGGGGUGAUUGGCCCCCCAGGCCUGCAGGGACUGCCAGGCCCUCCUGGAGAAAAAGGGGAGGUCGGAGACGUGGGAUCCAUGGGUCCCCAUGGAGCUCCAGGUCCUCGGGGUCCCCAUGGCCCUAGUGGAUCAGAGGGCCCUCCAGGGCUGCCUGGAGGAGUUGGUCAGCCGGGCGCUGUGGGCGAGAAGGGUGAACCAGGGGAGGCUGGAGACCUAGGACUCCCAGGAGCCCCUGGCAUCCCUGGACCCAAGGGAGAAGUUGGUGAAAAGGGGGACUCAGGCCCAUCUGGGGCUGCAGGACCCCCAGGAAAGAAGGGCCCCCCUGGAGAGGAUGGAGCUAAAGGGAACGUGGGACCCACGGGGCUCCCAGGAGAUCCAGGACCCCCUGGAGACCCUGGAGUUUUGGGUCUAGAUGGUCCCCCGGGGGAGAGAGGAGACCCUGGUGAUGUUGGAGGACCGGGUCCUCCUGGUGCUUCUGGGGAACCCGGCCCCCGGGGGCCCCCUGGCAAGAGGGGUCCUCCUGGCCACAUGGGGCAAGAAGGCAGAGAAGGGGAGAAAGGUGCCAAGGGGGAGCCAGGUCCUGAUGGUCCCUUAGGGAGGACAGGCCCCGUGGGAGCUCGAGGGCCCCCUGGACAUGUCGGGCCUGAGGGUCUUCGAGGGAUCCCUGGGCCAGUGGGUGAACCAGGCCUCCUGGGACCUCCUGGACAGAUGGGUCCUCCUGGCCCCCUGGGGCCCUCUGGCCUCCCAGGGCUGAAGGGAGAUGCUGGCCUCAAAGGGGAAAAGGGCCACAUCGGAUUAAUGGGCCUCAUUGGCCCCCCUGGAGAGGCUGGUGAGAAAGGGGAUCAGGGAUUGCCAGGCGUGCAGGGCCCUCCUGGCCCCAAGGGAGAACCCGGUCUCCCCGGUCCCAUUGGCUCUCUGGGCCCCCCUGGGCCCCCGGGCGUGGCAGGCCCCCUGGGACAGAAGGGCUCAAAGGGGGGGCCGGGAUCCCUCGGCCCCCGUGGAGACACUGGCCCCCCAGGCCCCCCAGGUCCCCCGGGUCCCCCCGCAGAGCUGCACCGGCUGCGCCGGCGCCGGCGCUCUGUCCCAGGCCCCAGGGCGCUGGAGGCUCCGGAGGGCGGCCUGGAGGAGGUACUGGCCUCUCUCACGUCGCUGAGCCUGGAGCUGGAGCAGCUGCGGCGCCCUCCGGGCACUGCCCAGCGCCCCGGGCUGGUGUGCGACGAGCUGCACCGCAACCACCCGCACCUGCCCGACGUCUACCCCGACAAAAAGUCCGAGACCGUGAAACUGGCCUCCUGGUCCAGGGAAAAGCCGGGAAGCUGGUAUAGCACGUUCCGUAGAGGGAGGAAGUUCUCCUACGUGGACGCGGACGGGGCGCCGGUGAGCGUGGUGCAGCUGACCUUCCUGAAGCUGCUGAGCGCCACCGCCCGCCAGAGCCUCCGGAAGGGACAGACGAAGACCCUCCUGGAGCUGCGCUCCUCCCGCGUGGGCUUCCUGCCCCUGUGGGACGUGGCGGCCUCCGACUUCGGCCAGACGAACCAGAAGUUUGGGUUUGAACUGGGCCCCGUCUGCUUUAGCAGCUGAGCCCCGGCGGAGGGCGGGGCGCCCAGGGAGCCCCAUUCGGGGCGCAUUGGUGCUGCGGCUUUGAGGCCACCGUGUUUAUCGUCUCCUGUGACUGUGGGGUCCGAGGGAAGCCUGCUCGCCAUGGCCAAACGAUAUUCCCUCUCUGUGUCCGGAGGCUGCGGGCUGGGCCCCUGGGGCCG